AUGUUAGCCACCCAAACGCCAGAUGCACAGCAGGAAGCUAAACAUGUCAAACAGAUCAAGGAGAAGCUGGCGCAGUCGCUCAAAGCCCUACAAAGACGCUACGUGACGUCGGACGCGGUGGUCACCAGCGAGGACGGCGACGCCAAUGUCCUGUGCUGCGCGCUGGAGGCCAUCUUCAUCCAUGGUAUCAAAGGCAAGCACAUUCGCUGGGAGGCCGGGGGCCGUGGCAAGAAGGGUGAUCGCGGACCUGCCCCGCAACCCUUUUUCUGGACCCUCCUGAAGACAGUCACUCACCGCGACGUCAUCACGGAGCUCGAAAAGAUCAACUUUGUGGGCACGGACGUAGGGCGGUGUCGUGCGUGGUUGCGUCUGGCUCUCAACCACGGCUUGCUGGAGUGCUACCUGCUGUCGCUGUUCCGGGAGAGCACCGAGCUGCGGGCACACUAUCAACCAGGCGCCUUGCUGCUCAACAGCGAGGAGCGGGAGGUACUGCUCAGCUAUCUUCAGGGACUGUCUUCGCUUACCUUCAACCUCUCGUACAAGUCAGCCGUUCUCAACCAGUGGACCACCACCCCGCUCAGCCUCGCUGGACUGUGUGCCCCCUUUCCAUCUGAUGCUCUGGAACCGCCUGUCAACGGUAGUGCGAACCAGCUCUCGUGUAAAGAUUUGUGGGAUACGACAUCGCAGUCGUCCGGGUCUUUUGAGGCGGGGGCGCCACUGGUGAAGUCUACAGGCGAGUCCACUGUGGACACUGUAGUGCUCAACUCAUCCACUCUUAGCCUCGACACCACAGGCUCCUCCCAGCUGUCCUCCAGCUUGAGCUCUGACAGCCUCCUCCAGGGGCAAGACCUCCGCAGCCCUGCAGGGGAGAAGUGGUCCACUUGCAAUAUCAGUGGCAGCACCAGGGCACCAGUCAGUGGAUCACCACCCAAGCUCCGGGAGAAUGGCAGCUCCAGUCAGGAUUCUAUGCGCGAAGACUCCUUUUCCUCCAGCACUGGCGCAGAUCACUCAUCCUCAGACAGCGACCAGCCGCCCAGUUCUGCUCUUUCCGACACAGAGCCGCCGCCGCCAACUGAACAGCCAUCGCCACGCCAGAAUCAAAUUGACCAUUCUCAGGCUGCGGACCUGAAGCUCCCGCAGAAAGGGGAGAAAGGAACUAAAAGCGUCGUAAACACCAAGCUGUCGUCCGAAUCCCAGAUGCGCUCGUGGAUAUCCGAGGAAGACAUCUAUAAGCCCCGUGUAAAUGAGGAGUCGGACCACGAGGAGCAGUUGACGGCUCCUGCUCCUCCUGCGCCUCUGGCAGAUUCGCAGUUGCCGCCAAGCGUUGUGCAUCGCCGCCAAAUAGGCCUCUCCAACCCCUUUCGAGGCCUGCUGAAACUCGGCCACCUGGAGCGUCGCGGCGCCAUGGGGAUGUGGCGGGACCACUACUGCGAGCUGUCACCCUUCGAGUUCCGACUCUACUUGAACGCCGAAGAGCGCACGUGCUGCGACAACUGCUCCCUGCUCCGAUGCGAAGACGCUCGCCUGACCUCGUCUGACGGCCGCUUCGAACUGGCCUUCCCCGGCAAGCGACUGCACCUGCGCGCUGCUAAUCGUGGUGAGGCAGAGGACUGGGUGGACCGCAUCGCGGAGGCGGUCAACAAGUGCCGGCCCGUGUCUCGCGUUGACGAACCGUGGGAGAUUCUGGAGGCGCCUGCAGAGAACUGCUUGGAUGACAGCAACUCUUCUUUGCCUUGCUCUGCCUCGUGUAGUCCCGAGCGAGGCUCCUCGCCGCCUCCACCUCACGAAUGCAACUGGACUCGCGUAGCGGAAUUGGAAAGGGAUGCCAUCAAGGAAGCUGUGCUAUAUUGUUGCUCGGAUGUUGAGGCUCGCUCGUGGACGCCUCUAGUCUUCUCGCUCUCUCUCGAGGCCUUGAAAGGCUUCCGGGUGCAAGAUGGAAAAAAGGUGCUGCGGAUGACGUUCCCCAUCCAGGACGUGCGAGACGUAGUUCCCGACGUCGCGCUGGGCGGACCCAACUUUUUUAAACUCCUGACACUCAGGGAGACACUCCGAUUGCGGGCGGAGAGCGCGGAGGAGGCUUGCUCCUGGAGGUCUCGGAUCCGCGGUGCUCUGGACUCUUACUUGGAGAGCGGUGAGGAGGUGGAGGCUGUAGGCCAGAAAGGAGGCGAGAAUCUGCACAGACUCGUUCAGCACAGACUCAAAGAAGACGGAGCGCUGCUGGUACAUCUUUGCACGGUGCCCACACAGAAGGGACUGGACACACAGAAUUUUAAAUGUGCAGGCUGCCCCCAGCUGAUCGGCCCGUCGCUGGGACGAGCCCGCCUGUGUGAGUUCUCCGGCCAAUACUAUUGCGAUUCCUGUCACUGUGGCGAUACCACCGUUAUCCCUUCACGCAUGCUGCACAACUGGGACCUCAAUAAACGCGAGGUUUCGAAAAAAGCGCUUUGGCUGCUGGCUCAGGUGGAGCAGGAGCCUCUCCUGAACCUGGAGCAGCUCAAUCCCGACUUGGCAACACACUGUGACUCCAUGGCUCUAGUGCACAACCUGCGUCAGAGGCUACGGCUGCUGGGCGACUAUCUUGUCACCUGCCGCAGUAAUGCCUGCAAAAUGCUCCAAGCCAGGAUGAAGCAGCGAACAUACCUGCUGGAAUCCAGCGGCCUGUACAGCGUAAGAGAUUUACGGGAGAUUGCCGAGGAGCAGUACACCCCCUUCCUGGUGUCGCUGUGCCAGUUCGCCAGCAGCCAUGUGUUCAGCUGCGACCUGUGCACGCAGCGGGGCUUCAUCUGUCAGAUGUGCCACAGCGACGACAUCAUCUUCCCCUUUCAAUUCGACAGCACAUUCAGGUGCAACGAGUGCAAAGCGGUGUUCCAUCGGACCUGCAUGUCGCCGGGCAGUUGCUGUCCUCGCUGCUUGCGAAUGAGGAAGUACCUGGAGAGGGACAUGCAAGACUGA